GACCCACAAUGUUAGUAUCAUUCUGCCCCGAUUUUCCACAAGACAAUCGCGCGGUAAAGGGAAUAGGUAUUGCCGCGAGCCUCGGUAUGGCGUCUCUUUUGUGUCAUCUCCGUUCCCUCACUUUUCCCCGUGAUUCCCCUUAGUUUUUUUGGCUUCAUUUCAUUAUAAGUGGCGAUUGUCUCUAGAUUCCUAUUUGGUCACAUAUAUUCCUCUUUAAUAUACAUUUAUUUUGGGCUUGUUCAAUAAUACAAGAGACAAAAUGAGUAAGAAAGGGGAUUUUGCUGCCGUCAGUAAGGAUAUUGUUGGUCUUUUGCACCAACCGGAAUACGAUGAUGGCAGUGCUGGACCUGUUCUUGUGCGCUUAGCAUGGUAUGUGAGCUUCCCAAUCUACGCCUCUUCCAGGCUGUGCGCAGCUGCUGCAAUCCACUUGGGCGCAUCUACUCCCUUCGAUUCACAAAUUAACAUCUUCUAGGCACUCUGCUGGAACAUACGAUGCUGAGACAGAUACCGGUGGAUCCAAUGGAGCUGGUAUGCGAUACGAAAGUGAAGGAGGUGAUCCAGCAAAUGCUGGUCUACAACAUGCAAGAGUAUUUCUCGAACCAGUCAAAGCCAAGCACCCCUGGAUAACAUAUGCGGAUCUUUGGACACUGGCCGGAGUUGUGGCAAUCAAAGAAAUGGGUGGUCCAGAUAUCCCAUGGAAAGGGGGACGAACGGAUUAUGUUGAUGAUUCGAAAUUACCUCCACGAGGACGUCUACCAGAUGCGGCACAAGGCUCUGAUCAUCUUCGAUGGAUCUUCUACCGCAUGGGCUUUAAUGAUCAAGAAAUAGUUGCGUUGAGUGGAGCACAUAGUCUUGGACGAUGUCAUAGCGAUCGAUCCGGAUUUGAGGGAGCUUGGGUUAACAAUCCUACGAGGUUUUCAAAUCAAUAUUACAGACUCUUGCUUUCACUUCAAUGGCGCAAGAAGAAGUUGCCAAAUGGAAUUGAACAAUUCGUCAACUAUGACGAUGAUACCGAGACAGAAUUGAUGAUGCUACCAACCGAUUUGGCUCUCACACAAGAUAAGGAGUUCAAGAAAUGGGUAGGGAAAUAUGCAGAUGACAAGGAGAAGUUCUUUGAGGAUUUUAGUAAAGUCUUUGCAAAGUUAAUUGAAUUGGGCAUUCAACGGGAUGGAGAAGGCAAUAUCACGAACCUAGACAAUGAAAAGGGUGGAUAUCAUUCGGCACCAAAGAAGAAGGACACUCCUGGUAGUCCAGCGAAGAGUUCGGAUGAUAAGGUGGAUGUGAGUGAGGCAGAGCCAUUGAAAGAGGAGAACAACAAGUUCAACUCGAAGCUAUAAAUGGAUGUUUGUGGGUCUACAGUAUCAGAUAUAUAAUUGUCUGAUGGGUUUGUACUAUAAGAACUUGUAAAUGGCUUCUGGUUUUGCAAUGAUAGAUAUCGAUGGGCGAUUAGACGGAUGAAGGUUUUAGACUUUAGACAAGAUUCAUUAGAUAUAGAUAUAGAAAU